GUGCGCGUGUGUGGGGCUGUGCACGCGGUCCUGUUUGCAUCUCUUAGGAUGAACGCGCAGGAGGAACGGCAGCAGCAGUAGCCGAUGCUUUUGUGUGUUUGAGUCCCAGUGCUUCCGCACCCUCUACCCACCCACCACCCACCCACCCCCCUAUCAAAUGCAGGUGAUCGCGAGAGUUGUCGGAAGAGAUGUCACAGGAAAGGUUGCAGGCGUACUUGCAAAGGCACAGGAUCGGAUCGCUGUUUGAGGACAUGAUGACGAUGUUGAUCACGGAGACUCCGGACGAGCCCAUCCCGUUCCUGAUCGAGCAUUUGGAAGGCAGGCAACACAAGAGGACGUUCACAGAGGGGUCUCCACGCCGAGACCUGGCUGGAUUUGCUGCUCUCUGGGCCGAAAGCAGCCACCUGCCAGAGAGCAGCCCGAAAGGAAAUCCGUUCAGAACGUACGUGACGCUGUGUGUGGACCACACGAAGAAACCCAGGAAGUCCAAGAGCGAACUGGCCGUAUCUUGCCUAAGUCCUGCCUCUUCAGAAGCCAGACCAAUGUCCCAGUCUCUGGAGCCUUCGUCCCGGGAUUGCAGCGCUGCAAAGGAAGGGGACAUGGCCUUCACUGAGCUGCAACGUCUUCUGAGAGAGUGCCAGUGGCUGGACAAGACCCUCCGAGAGCACACUUCAGGAAUUAUUGCAGAUGACACCCUUGGAAAGGUGUCUGAUAAUGGAGAGAGGAUGACAGCCGAGCAGCGGCCGAGGGUGGCACGGGCUCGCCUACCCCACAGGCGAGGGCGAGUGCAGGACGAGGUUGGAGCAGACCUGCUCGCUGCUGAAGUGCUGCUCCUGCCGACGAUCAAGCCGCAGCGAGGUCUCGGGGCGUCCGACGCGCAAGCCGCCAACACGGGGCAGCGGAGAGCGAACACGUGGGCUCAGCGCGAACAACACAAACUGCGUCUGGCGGCCAUGUUGACCCCUCCCCGCGGCCACCGCACGCGGCGAGACGGGGACCCUCACGACGACGACGACGAUGAGGAGGUGGAGGAGGUGACCGAGCACCUGGACGAGGCUGUGGAGUUGCUCGAGGAUGAGGAGGAUCUGAGAAGGGAAGGAGUGUUUGCUCCACGGAGAUCAGGCUUCAGAAUCAGCAGGGGUCGCAUGCCUUGCUCAGCGGAACCACAAGCCAAGGUCAGACUCAACAUCUGCUCGCAUUGUGCCAGGCUACAGGGAGUGGAUGACCUAAGAGAAGACGCAGAAACCUCUAUUCCAGGUCCUGCUUCGUUCAUAGAAAAAUCCGUCUCACUUGAGCUUGUGAAGGGCACUCUUAAAGAUACAGAAACACGGCAUCCAACGAGCAGCACACAGUUAUGCCCAGCCAGACCUGUUCCCGUUUCCAAAAGUCAUCUAACCGGCCAAGCCAGCUUCGUCCGCUUUGCCCGAGGAGGAGGAGAAGGAGAGGGGGAGAAAAUCCCAACGGGAAUCGCUGCCCGGCCAAAACCCCGAGCCGCAACUUCCACGCAGCAGCAGCAGCAGCUGCGGUGGCGGCAAAUCGCAAGGGGCGAGCAGACAGCAGGCCAAGUCGACCCCUUUCCCACACUCGCCAGGAGCGCCAGCGAGCCGAGCCGCUUCGUCGCGUAUUCCUGUCGUGAGCCAGUCGCCGCGGACGCUGCCGGAAACUUCGAGCGCAAAGUCUCGAGCGAAGAUGCUCACAGGACAGCAGCAAAGGUAGCAGCAGUGGAUUGCGCCCAGAUCCACAAAAACGCUCAUGGGAAGCCUUCUCGACCCAGGCUUCCAUCAAUACUGGAUAAGAACCACGUGCUCAUUGUAUCGACAUCUUGGCAGCAGACGCGUGGCGCAACUGUGCCUUUUUAUUUUGGCGCUUCCUUUGAGAAAUGGCUGUAGAACCUUUUAUCUCGUUCCAGUUUUGUUUUUGAUAUACAAUAGCGAAAGGUAAUGUGUAUUAUCUAAUAUUAACAAAUGGCGAAAAUCUCGAAUGAAAUGAGACAAAAUACUCGGUAUGCAAUAAGAACAAAUUUGUUUCUGUUAAAAAAAAGUUAGAUAAAAUUGUAGUCUGACAAAAUAUAAUCUGCAUGAUGGAUUAUAAAUGGUACGAACAAUGUCUGACCCAUGUGCAUCAUUGUGUGGGUGUAUGAAGCUUACUCUUUCUACGUAAUGAUUAUUUUUGGUUUUAUUGUUGUAUACAUGGAAAUAAAAUAAAUACUUGUACUGACACGUAUUAUUAAGAAUGCAAUAACAUUACUAAUUAUGCAAAGCCACUUUGUUAAAAAAAUAUUCGGCUGAAUAUAGUUGAUCAAAUCCACUGAUUUGAAAAGAAUUUGCUUCUGAAUUUCUAUUACGUUUUGCAAUAUAUUACAUUGUGUGCUGAUGCUGAUUUUCGUGCACGGCAGUUGUUCAAUUCUAACAAUAAUCUGACCACAAAACUAUUAUCCCAGCAUAGAAUAAACAGUACAGUGGAACCUCGGUAUACGACCGCUUUGGAAUACGUAGAAUUCGGUAUACGUCGUGUUUUUUCGAGAAAAAAAUGUCUUGGGAUACGACGUCUUGCUUGGGAUACGAUGCGUUUGCUAGAACUUGUAUGGGUCGGGAUGAGUCACCGCGUACCCGCGUA